AUGUUCGUGGGCCCCGCUGGCGGAACAUACCUGCCCCUGGCCCCAGGGUCCUUCCCGCAGCACGUCUUCGGCACGCCGGGCGUCGACCUCGGCGGCGGCGGCGGGUCCGCGCUGGACCUGGCGCCGCCGCCGGGACUGGGGCCGUACGGCUACGUGGGGAUGCCGCUGGCGCCGGGCCCCGGGCAGCAGGCGGCGUUUGCGCCCCAGCACGGCGCCGCCCAGGGGCUGCCGGCCGACCUGCCCCUGCUGCACAUGGACGCGCCCUACCCCCUCUACACCGGCGGCUUUGGCUACCCGGGCAUGGCGGGCGGGGCCAUGGGGCCCGGGGGCGUGGGGCCUCUGCCCCCCGCGCCCAUGCGGCGCCCCCUCCCCAUCACCACGCCUGAGGGCGAGCCUGCCCAGGUGCCCCAGCCCGGCAGCCGCCAGGCGGGGCGGCGGUACUCGACCAGCACCCACGUCUGA